GGAGUCGUGGGGCUGUGGCUUGGCCGGCCCACUUGGGCUCCAUUCCACCGGGAGCCACCGAGCAGGAGUGAGUGUCGGCUCCUGUCUGCUGCUGCUGGGGCUGCGGCUGCGGCCGGGAGGCGACGGCAGCUGCCGAGGAGCGCCCUGCAGGCUCCCCCGACCCCGGUGCACAGGGUCCCCGCCGCCGCCGGGGCCAUGCUGGCCGGGCGGGCUGUGGCUUUCCUGUCCCUGACCUGGAGCGCCUACCAGAGCCUGGCCGUGCCCCGGGUCUCGGAAUGCGGCCUCUCCUGCUCCCAGGGCUUCACCUGCAGGAGCCGCAGGAGCCGGAACAUACUGAACAGCUUCUGCCGGCCACCCCCCGAGUCCGUGGCCCCGUCGGUCCUGGGGGCCCUGACGCUGUCCACCGCCAUGAAGUGCGCCCCCCGGGGCGGCUGCUCCCUGCUGCUGGACGUGCGUGCCUCCCUCACGCUGCACGAGAGCCUGCGGGGCCUGGAGGCCUGCUCCAUGAGCCUGGACACCCAGGAGACUCAGUGUCACACCGUGCGGGUCUCCAGGGCCUCGCGCCGGCAGCAGGAGGGGCGGCAGCUCCAGGUGCACUUCGACUGCUUUGAGGUGGGCGUGGCCCAGAGCCUCUACGUCACCCUGAGGACUGUCCCCCACUUCUGUGGGGUCCAGCUGGAGCAGCAGUACCAUGUGAAAGACUGCGGGGACGAGGACGUGGGCAGCAACGUGCCAGACUGCUUCGCCCAGAAGCUAUCCUACCGGGUGGACCGCAGCCGCAAGGUCAUCGUGGUACAGGUGCCCGAGGCCCCCGGGGGCCCCGACUACUUCAUGCGACUCUGCCUUAAGUGGAUCGCCUGCGAGGACGCAGGCGCACUAGUGCGGGUGACGGCGAACAGCGUCUCCCGGAUGGUCUCUCUGCCCUACAGCCAGGAGCUGCCCUGCCUGUGCCUAGAGAGCUGGUCUGCGACCCUAGAUGCAGUGCGGACCCAGACCUGCCCCUUUGCAAACGACACAGAGGCGCUGUGGGAGGCCAUCCGCUACCACCCUGGGAGCCAGGCGCUGAGCUGGGAGCCCGCCUGUCCGGUGAGCGGCCACGUGAGCCUGUGCUGGCGCCCGGACCCAGGGGCCCAGUGCCAGGAGCUGAAGCACUCAGUCCGGCCUGCACACCGCAGGGUGCAGUACUCGCCGGUGGACGCCCAGCCUCAGCUCUGCCUCCAGUUCUCCACGGGCCGGGGCUUCUGGGUGAGCUGCCCGUUCCAACGGCCAGGCUUCCCAGCCUGGAAGAUGACCGUCCAUCCGGCUCCCUCCAGGACCCACCUCCGGGUCGCCUUCUCCUCGCCCAGCCCUGCCCGUUUCCAGGUGCGCCUGUGUCACCGAAGGGAGAUGUGGCCCUUCGCCUGCCACCGAACAUUCCAGGCUACCGCCCUCUCUCCAGCCUCAGCGAACCUCACCGCGGACCCCGUCUUCGUGGACAUUCCCAGGGACGAGGCCUGUGGGCCCGACACCUGCAUCCAGGGCCAGAGGACGGACGCGCUCUUCUCGGGCCCCCAGCAGCUGUGCGCCCUGCAGUGCGGAGCUUGGGACGUCCUUGGGCCCAGACUGCGGGGACCUCAGGCUGAGCGGAAGACAGAGCUGCCACCCGGGGGACAGCUGGCUGAGACCGGUGUCUCAUCAAGAACAAGCAAGUGCCGGGGCUGGACUGCUGGGUGCAGUGGCGACCAGCUGGCGCCUGGGCACCCCGAGCCUUGACGGAGAAGGCCAGGCUCAGAGCGCGGGGUGACCCCCGGCCGAGGGGCCCAGGCCCCUGACAGCUCCGGGAGGGCUGCAGCUCGUGGGGCCCCUGCAGCUGGGCUGGCUGCUUGGGCUCCGGCAAAGGGCCUCAGCCCCUUCCUGACCCCCUGGGUGGGCAGCAGGAUGGCUGGGGCACAGCCCUUCCUCAGAUGACCUGGCCCCUGGCCUGCCCUGUCUCAGCUCGGUCCCGGCUCCCUCUGGGCGCCCCGUGGUCACAGCCACCCUCCCUGCUGGAUGGCUUUCCCCAGGCGCUGGCGUGCGGGGUGUGGGCCUGUCCUGUCUAUAGCUGACCAGCCCCGGUGGCCCAGACCCAUCUCCAGCUCCUGCCCAGAGCACCCCCAUGCUGGCGGGGGUGCCCCCCUAUUGCCCACGCUGGGCCGUCAUGCGGCCCCCACCUCAUGAC